AUGGAUGUGCCUCACGCGGGUCGCAGGGGUGAGGCCCCCUGGAAGAAGAUGUCUAAAGAGGAGCUGGAGACUCAAUACAGCCCCAGCCGAUGGGUCGUCAGGCUGGGAGCCGAAGAGGCCUUGAGGACAUACUCGCAGAUUGGAGCCCAGGCCACCAGCCAAGCCCGAGCCACCAGGAGGAGCCUGCUGCAUGUCCCCUAUGGAGAUGGACAGGGGGAGAAACUGGACAUCUAUCUUCCUGAUGGAGUGUCAACAGCCCUGCCCUUCUUUGUGUUUCUCCACGGAGGAUAUUGGCAGAGUGGGAGUAAAGACACCUCAGCCUUCAUGGUGGACCCACUGACCGCACAGGGAGUGGCCGUGGUGAUUGUGGCUUAUGACAUUGCGCCCGUAGGUACCCUGGACCUAAUGACAGAGCAAGUGACCCAGAGCCUAGUCUUCCUUCAGAAACAAUAUCCCAGCAACAAGGGGAUUUACCUGUGUGGACACUCGGCGGGGGCCCACCUCGCUGCCAUGAUGCUUCUGGCCAACUGGACCAAGCACGGAGUCUCGCCCAACCUCAGAGGCUUAUUCCUGGUCAGUGGGGUCUAUGACCUGGAGCCCAUCCUGCACACCUCCCAGAAUGACCUUCUCCUCCUGACAUUGGAGGACGCUCAGAGGAACAGCCCACAGCUGCGCUUGCAGACCACCCCGAAGUCGCCCUCAGUUCCUGCCCUUCACAUACUGGUGGUAGUGGGCCAGCAUGACUCCCCUGAAUUCCAGCGGCAUUCCAGGGAGUUUUUCCAGGUGCUGUGCCUUGGAGGCUGGAAGGCCACAUUUGAAGAGCUCCCGGAUAUGGACCACUUUGCAAUCAUUGAGAACCUAAGCCAGACACACUAUGUGCUCACCCAGGUGGGCCUGCACCGUCCCCCAGCCACCUGGCAGCUCCCUUUCGCUGUGAACCCACAAGUUCUAUCAGAACCCCUUAAUCUUGAGGAGCGGUAG